AUGAGGGUGAACGUGACAUUGGUUUUUGUGAUCCUUGUUCUAGGACUCGCUGACGCUGCAAGAAGAAGGGUCAGAUCAACGACGGCAGAAGCGCCGAAGACGACGCCGGCAUCGUUUGUUGGUAGGCAACUCUCGUUCGCCGAACAGCCCGAAGAACUAGAGACUCUGUGGGACAAUUUCGACAUUCAGAGGCUGGAUUCGCGUUCGGAGAUCUGGAAGAAUCGCAACAACGCAUCGGAAAAUAACCACGAUGAGAACAUUUUCAGCAGCGGCAGGCAAUACCCGGGUCUUCCGAGCAAUCCGGGCGACACAAACGAGCUUCCGAGUCCCAUUUCGCCGCCACCGUCGAAACCGCCGCCACCCAGACCUCCGCCGGGCUGCCUGGGCCAGAGGGGCCAGUAUGAGAGCCCCGCUAGUUGCGCCAAUUAUCUGAACUGCUGGGAUGAUGUGGUGAUCGAGCAGACCUGCCCGGCAGGGCUGCUCUUCAACGCCAUCACCGGUUACUGCGAUUUCGCGUCCAACGUCAACUGCGGCAAUCGGGCGCCCCCCACGCCAAAACCAGCACUAGCGACAGGAUCGAAACAGUGCCCGGACCCGAAUGGACGUUACAGAAGCUCGACCAACUGCUCGGAAUUCUACAUAUGUGUCGGAGGCAAACCCAUCAAAUUCGGCUGUCCUCGCGGCCUAGUCUACAGUGAUCUACUAAACGUUUGCGACUAUACUUAUAAUGUGGACUGCAAAGGCGCAGCCACGCCAAAUCCACCGCCAAAGCAGCCGUCGACUGAAUCUCCGGAGUCACCUUCGCAACCAUCUCCUACUCUACAGCCUGCUAAUCCCUCUCAGUUACCCACUAGACCCCCUCAACCACCCACUAGGCCUCCUCAACCACCGACUAGGCCUCCCCAACCACCCACUAGGCCUUCUCAACCACCGACUAGACCUCCUCAACCACCUACUAGACCCCCUCAACCGCCAAGUUCACCUCCAACGCCCGUGACUAAUCCACCUCAACCACCAAGCUAUCCCACUCAACCACCAAGCUAUCCCACUCAACCACCAAGCUAUCCCACUCAACCACCGGUCUAUCCUGCUCAACCAACCUAUCCCCCUGCGCCACCAUCUUAUCAGCCGCAGCCUUAUCCACCGCCUCCCGCGUAUUCCGGAAAUCCCUGGCUAAGCAGGAUUGAUCCCUGGCAUCAACGAUCAUCAACGUCUCAGUUGGAAAUCGAGAAAGAAAAAAGCAAACAGCAACUAUUAAUCGAUAGUGAAUUGCUGAGCGAUCAGCCCGCGCAACACGAGACGGAAACGUCUAGCGUGGUAAACCCGUGGACUCUAUUCCAGGUGAUACCACCCGAACUAUUGAAUGCUCAAUGUAACAACGGUGACAUACACAGACUCAACGAUGCCUGCACCAACGUAGUGGUUUGUAGAAACAACAGGCCUCAGAUGGUGAACUGUUCGCCGGGAUUCUCGUACGAUAAGCCAUCGGAUUCCUGCAAAGCCUUCAGCGUUGCCAAAUGCUAA